AGCAGCAGCACAGUCAGGUGGACUGGGGACAGCAAGGAGUCAUCAUGUCAGGUAGUCCUGGGGCAUGGUCCUAGGUCCUAGGUGAUCUACCAUAGGUGACUUCCUCCCUCCCUCUAGGUGAUCUACCAUAGGUGACUCCCUCCCUCCCUCUAGGUGAUCUACCAUAGGUGACUCCCUCCCUCCCUCUAGGUGAUCUACCAUAGUAUAGUACAGGGUUAAGGGUGUAUUGAUGAUACAGGGUUAAGGGUGUAUUGAUGAUACAGGGUUAAGGGUAUAUUGAUGGUACGGGGUUAAGGGUGUAUUGAUGGUACGGAGUUUAGGGUGUAUUGAUGGUACAGGGUUAAGGGUGUAUUGAUGGUACGGAGUUUAGGGUGUAUUGAUGGUACAGGGUUAAGGGUGUAUUGAUGGUACGGGGUUAAGGGUGUAUUGAUGGUACAGGGUUAAGGGUGUAUUGAUGGUACGGAGUUAAGGGUGUAUUGAUGGUACAGGGUUAAGGGUGUAUUGAUGGUACGGAGUUAAGGGUGUAUUGAUGGUACAGGGUGUAUUGAUGGUACAGGGUUAAGGGUGUAUUGAUGGUACGGGGUUAAGGGUGUAUUGAUGGUACAGGGUUAAUGGUGUAUUGAUGGUUAAGGGUGUAUUGAUGGUACAGGGUUAAGGGUGUAUUGAUGGUACAGGGUUAAGGGUGUAUUGAUGGUACAGGGUGUAUUGAUGGUACAGGGUUAAGGGUGUAUUGAUGGUACAGGGUUAAGGGUGUAUUGAUGGUACAGGGUUAAGGGUGUAUUGAUGGUACAGGGUGUAUUGAUGGUACAGGGUUAAGGGUGUAUUGAUGGUACAGGGUGUACUGAUGGUACAGGGUUAAGGGUGUAUUGAUGGUACAGGGUUAAGGGUGUAUUGAUGGUUAAGGGUGUAUUGAUGGUACAGGGUUAAGGGUGUAUUGAUGGUACAGGCAGGGCAGGCUGAUGGCAGUAUAAGAGGCAGAGGGGUGGAGGGAGCUUUGUCACUUUGCUCUCAUUCACAGAGACAAUCACUCUCUGGACAAACACCCACGACGGACAGGGUGUAUUGAUGGUACAGGGUAAGGGGGUAUUGAUGGUACAGGGUUAAGGGUGUAUUGAUGGUACAGGGUUAAGGGUGUAUUGAUGGUACAGGGUUAAGGGUGUAUUGAUGGUACGGAGUUAAGGGUGUAUUGAUGGUUAAGGGUGUAUUGAUGAUAUGGGGUUAAGGGUGUAUUGAUGGUACAGGGUGUAUUGAUGGUACAGGGUUAAGGGUGUAUUGAUGGUACAGAGUUAAGGGUGUAUUGAUGGUACAGAGUUAAGGGUGUAUUGAUGGUACAGGGUUAAGGGUGUAUUGAUGGUACAGGGUUAAGGGUGUAUUGAUGGUACAGGGUGUAUUGAUGGUACAGGGUUAAGGGUGUAUUGAUGGUACAGGGUUAAGUUUGUAUUGAUGGUACAGGGUUAAUGGUGUAUUGAUGGUACAGGGUUAAUGGUGUAUUGAUUUUGUAGAGCGGUCUGAUGGUUCCAGGUGUUUGUUCAAAGUCUUGUCGGCCAUCUUGUGUCUGAGAUCCAUUAGUGUCCUGCGGUUUCUCUAAUCCUCAUUCACAUGUAAUGGCGCAGAUAGCAUGUGAAUGGACAGCCACAAACUGCAGAGCCGGCCGUUAGCACACACGCUAAUGAACCCUCACUUUGCAUAGGUAUUAAUAUGGCUAGCACUAGGCUUUAACACCACAAAAUGAUGAAAAAGUCAAGGGGUGUGAAAACUUUCUGAAGGCACAUGUGGGGGGUGGGGGCUUCCUGUCAGCAUCACCUACUACAUGUGGUGUCAAUAGAAGGAACAGUCGGGGGCAGGGCAGGCUGAUGGCAGUAUAAGAGGCAGAGGGGUGGAGGGAGCUUUGUCACUUUGCUCUCAUUCAGAGACAAUCACUCUCUGGACAAACACCCACGACGGACACACACUGAAGACACACAUUCAUUAACUGAGAAGAGAUCCUGAGAGGGACCCACAGCACCACAGCAUCCUGCCCAGAGAGAGAAAGACUGAUUCCUGGGUAGAGAGAGGAGCUCCAGACCCUUCCUAUCCUGAGAGGGACCCACAGCACCACAGCAUCCUGCCCAGAGAGAGAAAGACUGAUUCCUGGGUAGAGAGAGGAGCUCCAGACCCUUCCUAUCCAGCCAUGAGGAUCAUCAGCCUACUGUACCUGCUGCUGCUAGUAACUGUUCUAGGAUCAGUUUCUGCAGUGAGACCAGGUAGGACAACACAACGGAGAAGGUACCACAGACAUCACUGCCCCCACCGCCGCUGCAUGCCCCUGCACUCCAGAGUACCAUUCCCCUGAGGUAAGACACACGUGGACUCAUCACCAACGCCACCUGUGGGCGUGUCCAGGGAUGUCAGGGGUCAAAGGGUGAAACACCCGCUGCGGCUGGAGUGUGUGAUUAAG